GUACCAGCCAGGCGGCCAAUCGUUUGGCGUAGGGGUCAGGAGGCGGAGGGAAAGCGCGGCCCCAGGGGGUGUCCGCUGGUGAGACCAGGCCGCGGUGCGGAAGCUGUCCGCCGUCACUCGGAGCCCGGGAGAUGUUGCUCCUGGCAGUCAGCUGCCGGUUGCGGCUCGGCGGCGGCGGGACGAGAAUCAGACCGUGGGCAACCGCGGCCCUGCGGAGUCGCUGGACCGCCCGAGAUCCCCGCGGGGCUUCUGCCCUCGACCCUGAGCGCGCAGGCAGUGAUCGGAGCGCACGCGCAGCACCCCCGGGAGUGGCGCGAGGCUUCGCCCUCUGGGAGCCCCGCCGAGAACAGACAGCUUUUUCUUCUGGUGAAUAUGUUCGAUGUGUUCAUACUCGCACCCAUCCUGAGCAAUCAGAAGAUGGAAGACUGAUAUAUACAGGGAAUUUGGCAAGAGCAGUAUUUGGUGUAAAAUGUUUCUCUUAUUCGACAAGCCUUCUCAGCCUUGCAUUACUCCCAUAUAUAUUUGGACAAACUAAUAUGGAAUUUGGAAGUCUGCCUCUGAAAAUUGCAUUUUAUGGUGCUUUGGGAACUUUUACAUUAAUUACUCCAAUGCUGCUUCACUUUAUUACAAAGGGAUAUGUGGUUCGAUUGUACCAUGAAGCCAAGACAGACACUUAUACAGCCAUUACUUACAAUGUUGUUCUUUUAGAAAAGAGAACAGUAUUUCAUCAGAAUGAUGUAAAGGUUCCAGAUAUCAAAAGUAUAUUUACCUCUUUUUAUGCAAAAACGAAAUCAAUGCUUGUUAAUCCAAUGCUUUUCCCACAUCCUCAAGAUUAUAACCAUCUUAUGGGCUAUGACAAGCCUUUUACUUUUGACAUUGAAGAAUCUGAUGAAAAUAAAUAGCAUGAAGGAGAUAAAUGUGACCCUCUUUGCUGUUGUGUAACUAUUCAACUGUAUGCUUUUUGUAUUGUAAAAUAAUAAAUUAUCCUUUUAUUGUUAGUGUC